UCCACACAGACAUGCAUUCUGUCAGCAGAAAAUCCAGCUGUACCUCAAAGUGUUCGCUUCCCUUGGAAUACUCAAGACUAACUUGGCUUUUUUUGUCAGCCUCAUAAUUUGUCAGCCUCUGUGAGAUCUGCCAUCAAGACAAUUGAGAAAGUAUGUGAAGUGAUAAAGAAGAGCAGAAGUUCUUCCACAGGGAUGAAGCACCUGCCUAUGACUCAUCUGAACAUAGGCAUUCAGAUUAUGCAUUAUACCAUGAUGACAGCAACGCUGUAGUCUAGUUUCUGUGUGUAUAGUGGACGUAAACUUGAAUCAGAUAUUCUGGAGAUAUGUUAAAGAGAGUGUCAGCAUGUUCUCUGAGUAAAUUCAUUGGACGUAUCAUGAGUUAAACAAGUGUGUGCUACAGUAUGCUCCUUAUAAAUUCUAAACCACUCUCUGCUGUGAGGCAAACAGUCUUUGGGAUUUAAACAAGUUGUUAUGUAGACAUGACAACUGCGUCAGUGGAGUCCCUGGUGGUGAUGGUCGAUAAAAUACCAAAUGUAACUGAGACUCCAGUGGCAUCAUCUACUGAAGAUGUGGCUGCAAACUUCACUAUUGGCACAAUCCUGUCCCUCAUGUGUCUUGUUGGUGUGUCAGGAAACAUCUACACCCUGGUGGUCAUGUGCCACUCAAUGCGCUCUGCUGCCUCCAUGUACGUAUACAUUGUCAACUUGGCCAUGGCUGAUCUCCUCUACUUGCUCACUAUUCCUUUUGUGGUGUGCACACACUUUUUAAAGGGUUGGUACUUUGGUGAUGUGGGAUGCCGGACUCUCAUCAGUAUGGACUUCCUCACCAUGCAUGCAAGCAUUUUCACACUGACUGUCAUGAGUACCGAGCGCUAUUUUGCUGUUCUCAAGCCACUGGACACAGUCAAACGAUCUAAGAGCUACCGUAAGGCCAUUGCUAUUCUGGUGUGGACAGCUUCAUUGAUUCUAACCCUUCCCAUGAUCAUUGAUGUGGAGCUAAAGACAGAAAAUUCAAAAUCCAUGUGUCAGACCACAUUAAGUCCUCUUUCUUACAAGAUUUAUAUCACCUCCCUUUUCUGCACCAGCAUUGUGGCUCCGGGUGUCAUAAUUGGCUACCUUUACAUUUGCCUGGCCCGUACUUACUGGAUCUCACAGACAGAGAAUUUUAAGCAGACUCAGAAGUUGCCAAACCACAAAGUGCUAUAUCUUAUUUUUACAAUUGUGCUUCUCUUUUGGGCCUGUUUCCUUCCCUUCUGGAUCUGGCAGCUACUAGGCCAGUUCAAACCAGAAAUGGUUCUUUCAACCAAGGCCAGGCGCAACAUCAACUAUCUUACCACCUGCCUGACCUACAGCAACAGCUGCAUUAACCCUUUUCUCUACACCCUCCUGACCAAAAAUUACAAAGAGUAUCUUCGUAAAAGGCAAAGAACCUGGACUUCUGGGAACAACUUCAACAGGAGGAACCGCUUUCAGCGUUCUCCUCGCCGUUCCCUGUCAUCCAGCAGCCAGCAGUGUACAGAGACUUUUGUGCUUACACACAUAUCACGGACCAACAACAGCAGUCUGUGAGGAAGAGAGAAAAAGCCAUAAGCAGGCCAAGAUGACAGCCAUCAUCCUCCUCGGUGGGGAUGAAGCAAGAAAAGAAGAAACAAGCAAAACAGCUAGGAGGAAGAACAGACUUUACUGCGUAAAACAAUUUUAUUCGCAUUUCAUGCAUUACAUGAUUGAACUGGAUAAUUAUUCAGACAAUUAUUUAUAUUUGUUUUUAAAAUUCUGAUUUGAUGUGGAGCUUUUUAUCUUAUUCUUCAAGUAAUUGACUUUCAUGCUUUGUUUCCUUCAAAAAAAAAAUUGGUUCAUUGAUUCAGGCCUGCAUGGCAUCGAAUUACAUUGCAACUGAUAUUCAGAAGGCAGCAAAUGUGUUCUAUAUUAAUGCUGAUGCCACUUCUAUGAAUUUGACAGCAAGAAAAAUUACAGCCAAAAAAAUAAAAAAUAAAUCCAUCAUCUCCACCUCACAGAAAAGCAUUAAUAUAAUGAAAGGUUCACUUUUUAACUGCAAGGAACAAUUAGUAAACCAUAUUAAACCAUUAAAUAAUAGCUGCAGAUAAUAGCUUGGCUACAGAGUAAUAUAUAGUACAGUGCACCACUUUCUUCUUCCUCACAUAGCUCUAACAACCCACUGCUAAGGCUGACAGCAGCUCAACAUCUUUCCUAUAAUCUGACCUGAGAUCAUUAUUAUUCUUCUGCACACACCUUAGCUGAAACUCAUCUGAGAGUAACAUCAUAAUGGCUGCUUGCUUUUGUAGAACUUUUUAAAUGGAUAAAUCAGGGUUCAGAUCAAUCCACAGUCUGUGCAAUGACCCUGAGUCAACUACGGGUAACAGACCUGCUAGGUGGAAAGAUUUAUUAUUAAUGCACAGCAAAAAGACUCCUUUUAAACAUUUUUAUUACACUUUGUCAAAAUAUAUGUUCAUUUUACAGUUUCUGAUGUUCUGAUGCAGUAAGAUUUAAGUUAUGUACUGUAUGCUGGGUUAAUACAAUGCAUUUGUGGUAUUUGUAAAUGUUGUAAUUAGUGAAAAACUUAUUUGGUUACAUAAAGGAUAGUAGCUUACCAAUGUCACGUAAGUGAUAUGAAGAUUCUACAAAACUGGAUGCAUUGCCCAUUUCUCCUUGAAAGUGCAUCAGCCUAAUUACUCUAAGCCUUACAAGGUGUUUUUGUAUAUAAUAAAAGUUAUUAUUCCACCGAGCAAAGGGAUACUUCACUCCAAGAUUCAUUAUAGAACAUAUAGGAAUAAAAAUGUAUUCUUGUCAAAAUCUAUACACUUUUUGCCUAAAAGGUCUCGGCAGCACACUUGUUUUGUGUAUUAGGCUGCAAGAAAUCGGAAGUACAAUUGUAAAUGCUUUAUUUUAAUUACAGCAUUCUUUACACAUGUCAUGUAGUUAUUUCAUUUGUCUUGUUCUUCUUGUGUCUUUGAAACAAAUGGGUUUUGUCUUUAAGGGAAUCACUGUGGAUAAUAUGCAGAAUAAGCAUCCAAUAAAAACAUUAUUUAAUCUCUA